AUAGCCAAAAAAAUUGCGAAAAAUAAAGAAAAAAACAAGGGCCAAAAAUCACAAAAAAAAAAUGUUGGAAGCAAAAACAUGAAAAUGACGAAUUUCUUCGUUAUGAAUAAACAAAAGCUAUUCAACAAAUUAAAGGGUCCAUUUUUUUUUCGCAGUCUCCAUAUCAUCUUUCAGUCAAAUUUUUCUUUAAAACAUGGCUUAAAGAUUAUACACAAAUGUUAACGUACCAACACGUGCAUAUGUAUUACCAGGAAAAAGUAACAGAAUAUGUGAACAUAAUUUUCUUGGAAGAAAGAAAAAGAAAACAAACAAAAAAAGAAUACGUAGGAAAUUCCAAAAAAUAAAAACAUUCUACGUCAUUAAAUAAUAUUAAACCUCUUGAAUUUUUUUUUUCAAAUAAACUGAGUUACCAUUCAUCAUGUUUUAAGACCAAUUCAAUAACGGUUUUUGGUUUAUUCAAAACAUAACUUCAACAUAAAUAUUUAUUAUGGCAACCCUCUUUAUUAUGGUUAAAAUCCCACCAGACAGACCGAAAACAAACUUAACAAGAAACCAGAUACUUUUUCGGCUUUCGUUACUUUAUGUUGUCCACAGUAUUUGUUAAGCUUUCAUUUGAUCGGUUUGCGCUUUCUCGAAAGAAGAAAAAAAAGAAAGAAAAGAAAAAUAAUAAUAUUACAUAUUUGGCUAAAAUGGUUCCUCUUAGAGUUAAUAAUUGUUGUUGUGUUAGCUUGCGUUAUGGCGGUUUAGCAAUUGGUUGGCUUGGAUUAGUAGUUUUUGCAAUUAUAAUUGUUAUUACAGCAAAGUGGAUAAUAUUAUUUGAUCCUCAUGAAAUACCUGAUAAUAUAACUGAUAGUGAUACAUAUAGUCCAUCAAAAACUUUAGAUGGCGAAAUUAUAAGAUUAAUAAUUUAUAUUUUUGAUGCUUUUGUUUCGGGAAUGCUUAUUUUUGGUAUAAUAAAAGAAAAACCUUACAUGUUAACUCCGUGGUUGUUAUUAAGAGGUUGUGGACUAUUACUAUUAAUUCCUGGUUCAAUAAUAGUAUUUAUUUUGGCUUUAAUGACAGCUAAGCUUGAUGCGAUAAUAGUUACAUUCAUAACUUUGCUUUUUACUGGUUUGUUUAUUUGGUUAUGGAUUAUUAUUUAUUCACUUUUUCAAGAAAUACGUGACAAAGUGGAAAAUAGACCUGUGCAAAUAGUACAAUUACCUACACCAAUGCCAACACCAGUGCCAUAUUAUGCUACAAAUCCAGAUCCAACGACAUCAACAAGUGUAACAAGUGUAACAAGUGCAAGUACAAGUACAAGUGCGACUGUAACUUAUCGACAAUGUGAUAAGUCAAACUAAAACCAAUAUUCAUAUGUAUAAAUUUUUUAAAUUUAGUUAAAAAUCUGUGAAGUAUUUAUUUGUAGUUUUAAGUGUUUUUUUUUGUAAAUAUAAAAGAAAGGAAAAGAAGUAACACGCUACUUUUUAUUUCAGUUAAAAUUAGACUUUGUAGGUACAGAAGCUGAGAUUCUAAAAUUUCAACAAUAUAACUUAUAUCAGCACUUGUAAAAAAAAUUAAGUAGGAGGGACGAUUUUUCCAAAAAAUUUACUAAAACUUGAACAAAUUAUUUUAAACUACGACAUAAUAUGUACGAUACUUUUUUUAAAUUUAUUUGAGACAGUAAAAUAUAGUAAAAUUUAAUUUAAUUAAGCCCUGAUUUUUCAA